AUGACAACAAGAAAGUUACAAGACCCAUUAAGAGAAUCUAAUGAAAUAUAGACUAUUAAAAUUAAUUUAGAUAUUACAAGCCUAAUACUACUUAGUAAUAGCAUAAAUUUAGAAUAAGUAAAAUGUUAAGAAUAAGAAAGAGUGCACAUCUUAUAAGUUUGAUUGAUAUGACUCAAGACAAAUAUGUAGAAAAAGAUAUGGUUACUUUAUGGUAAAAUUCGAUUGCUGAAAUCAAUACUUCAAACUUAAAACCUAUCAAUCAAGAAUAAAAAUCAACAUCACAAAUCACUUAAAAUCAAAGUAUGAUGCAUUCAUAAUUGAGCAAAUCAAUAAAUUAUAAUUUAGCUUAAUGUUCCUUUUAGUUAUUAGUCAAGAAAUAGAAUGAAAAAUAAAAAAAAUAACUUAAAAAGCAAAAUUAGACAUCAUAAAACAAUUUUCCAAAAUAACAUAGAUGUUAAUUUGAUGAUAAUAAAAGUGUUAUCUAUACUCCUCCACAGAGAUACAGAAGCAUUUCUAGCUAAUAUUCUCCUGCAAGACUAUAACAUUAUUUAAAUCAAAAUGAUUCAAAUUUAAGUGUGAAUAAAAAAUGGUUAUAAGCUUCAUCUCAUAAACAAUCUCAUAGUACAUAAAUAAGAAUAUCAGCCUAGCUGCAUCCACAAUAAAUUUAAUAAAAUUUUAUAGAUAGAAAUCGACCAACAUCAUAAUCUGUUGCAAAUAAACAUCUCCUUUUGAGUUCAAAAUAUUAAAAUUUAUGA